AUGGCGGCGGCCGUGUUGGUGGCGGCGGUCUGUGGGCUCGUGGCGGGAGCGUGGUGGAUGACGCGGUCAUGGAGGCGGCCUUCGGAGGCGAUGCACGGCAUACCCGGCACGAUGGGGUGGCCCGUCGUCGGUGAGACCUUCGCCUUCAUCGCUGCCUUCUCCAACCCCUCCGGCAUCCUCAGCUUCAUGCGUGACCGCCAGAAACGGUUUGGGAAGGUGUUCAAGACGUACGUGCUGGGGAGGACGACGGUGUUCAUGACGGGGAGGGAGGCGGCGAAGAUCCUGCUGUCGGGGAAAGACGGCGUCGUGAGCCUGAACCUGUUCUACACCGGCAAGCAGGUGCUGGGCCCCACCAGCCUGCUGACCACCAACGGCGACGAACACCGCCGCCUCCGACGCCUCAUCGCGCACCCGCUCUCCGUCGACGCCCUCAAGAAGCACUUCUCCUUCAUCAAUGCCCUCGCCAUCCAGACCCUCUCCUCCUGGUCCUCCGGCCGCCGCAUCCUCGUCCUCAACGAGGCCUCCUCGGUCAAGAUCAUAGUUAGCUGCUUCAAUUCAAAAUGA